AUGAAUUCUCUAAUUUUACCAACCUCUCCUUGGUCAUUUUCUAAUGUUAUAGAGAGGCAUGAAUUUUCACUUGAUUCCGGGUUACUUUUGCAAGAUCAGAAGUUUGUCUUCAGCUUAGAAGUGUUGGCAGAAGCUACAGAAAAUUUCCAGGACAACAAGAAGCUUGGAGAGGGAGGUUUCGGUGAGGUAUACAAGGGAAAAACUAAAGAUGGAAAUGAGAUAGCAGUGAAGAAACUUUCUGCCAAAUCUGCACAAGGAAAGAAAGAAUUUAUGAAUGAAGUGAAAUUGAUGGCCAAUAUUCAGCAUCGAAAUCUCGCGAGAUUGUUAGGAUGUUGCGUGGAGGGAAAUGAAAGGUUGCUUGUUUAUGAAUAUUUUCCAAACAAGAGCUUGGACACAUUUCUCUUUGAUUCAGAGAAGUGUAGAGAGCUAGAUUGGCAAAAGCGUUAUAACAUCAUCAUUGGAAUUGCCCGUGGGCUUCUAUACCUUCAUGAGGAUUCACAGUUGCGAAUCAUCCAUAGAGAUAUUAAAGCAAACAACAUUUUGCUUGACCACAAACUUAAUCCAAAGAUUGCUGACUUUGGUUUAGCAAGACUUUUCCCCGGGGAUGAAACACAUGUCCAUACAACAAUUGCAGGAACAUUUGGUUACAUGGCUCCAGAGUAUGCAAUGCAAGGGCAGCUGUCAGUUAAAGUAGAUGUUUACAGUUUUGGAGUAGUUCUUCUUGAGAUCAUCAGUGGGAGGAAAAAGAAUAAUUUUUAUCUUCCAUACGUCAUGCAGAACCUAGUGUUGUGGGCAUGGAAAUUAUUCAAGGCAGGAAAUGCGCUUAAUCUGGUAGAUUCGAAAGCAUCAGAUGUCACUGAGGAGCAGGUCUUGAGAUGUAUUCAUGUUGGGCUUUUGUGUGUGCAAGCUAAUGCAACGCUUCGUCCAGUUAUGUCUAAUGUCAUUAUGAUGUUAUCUGGCAAGAUUGAUGAAUUGCCAAAUCCUUCAAAGCCUGUUUUUAUAAAUAAUAGCGAAAGCCAUGCUUCAAAUUCAAAAUCAAUGUCAGGCUUAGGUAUUGAGGAUAAUGAAAGCGCAACAACAUCGCAGAUAUCUGGGAGUGCUACAUCAUCUUCAUCAGGGAUUCAUUCAGUAAAUGAAACUUCCGUUACUGUAGUAGAAGCUAGGUGA